AUGCUCCCAUUAUUCUCAUUGUUACUUGCAUUUGAGGCACAGACACAGGAGUCAGGAGACGUGGGUUGUGUUCCCAGCCCUACUGCAAGUGCACAUGUGACUGCCACAGAUCUGCCUGAAGUACUAGGAAACCUUCAGUACAAUAUUCUCAAAAAUACCAAAAUGAAAUGUAAGCAUCAGCCCCAGGUUAAAGAACUCUCCUGGGGAGUUGAUUUAGAGAAGAACUUUCCCAAGUCUUUGUGUCAGUUUGACUACAUCAUGGCUGCUGAUGUUGUGUACUACCAUCCCUUCCUGGAGGAGCUGCUUCUUACCUUCCAUCACUUGUGUAAUAAUGAAGAUGAACAGACAGUUGCAGAAAUCAUGAGAAGGCGUUUUUCUCCUGCUGUUGUAACUAACAGACCCUGGGAAGGUUUUCAUUUUGCUGGCCAUGAGAUAAAAAUUAUAGAAGCCACCGAAUGUUAUGGGGCAGUAGUCUGGCCAUCGGCUCUUGUUCUAUGUCACUUUUUGGAAACAAAUGCUAAACAAUACAGCCUGGUUGAUAAAAGUGUAAUUGAAAUUGGAGCGGGAACAGGGCUGGUCUCCAUAGUAGCCACUUUACUUGGUGCACAUGUGACUGCCACAGAUCUGCCUGAAGUACUAGGAAACCUUCAGUACAAUAUUCUCAAAAAUACCAAAAUGAAAUGUAAGCAUCAGCCCCAGGUUAAAGAACUCUCCUGGGGAGUUGAUUUAGAGAAGAACUUUCCCAAGUCUUUGUGUCAGUUUGACUACAUCAUGGCUGCUGAUGUUGUGUACUACCAUCCCUUCCUGGAGGAGCUGCUUCUUACCUUCCAUCACUUGUGUCAGGACAACACUGUUAUUCUCUGGGCCAUGAGAUUCAGGCUGGACACAAAAAACCAAUUUAUGGGCAGAUUUCAGGAAUUGUUUGACCUGGAGGUAAUUUCCAAUUUCCCCAGUUUAAACAUAGCAUUGUAUAAGGCAAUGAGAAGAGGCAAGAAGAUGACGUGAUUUCCAACUUGAGUAUUAGAAAGUGUGUGUGUGUGGAGUUUGAGUUUCUUCACAGGUUCCAUGUUAAUGCUUGAUGACACCUGUAGAUUAUGGUGCUUUUUAGGGUUAAAUCAAUGUCCUGUCAUAAACAAAAUGUAAAACUUCUUACAUGCUUGAAAAGAUAUCCUAAAUUAAAUUUUCAUCUACUGGUACAUGUCAGGGGAACAUAUCGUUGGCAUUUUCUGAACUUUAGGUGCUAAACUGUGCAACACUAAUAUUUUUCACAAGUUAUGCGGAUCAUAUAUCCACAGUGCUGUAGUAUUGCUGCCAACAACUUUCCAUUGCAGCUUAUAAUAGUGCCUGAGAAGAUCAGAUGACUACACACAACAUAAGAUUAUAAUCUAUUUAAAAUUAAAAAUUGUGGUAUCAAAUUGCACUCUGUUUCCACACUGCUACCCAUGCUGUUCAAAGUCGCGUUCUUUUAAUAACUCCCACAGGACAAUAAACCAGACUGGACAGAGUACGGAAAUAUAUACUGUAGUGAAUAGUUCCAUGGCAAGCUUUCUGUGACAUCUCAGAUGUGAGCUCCAUGCAGGCAGCAUGCCUUUUGGGAUGUCAGGGCAGCAGAUGGAUGCCUCUGUCCCCUUCAGAAGAAAGUCCCUUCCCACCACCACCCUUUGCCUUCUCUUAUGCAUGGUGAUUAUGAGCCUCACAGCCUUGGGGCAAGUUGUAAACUUUAACAAAUGGUCUUGUGUAAGGAUAGUGCAGCAUACUACCAAUUCCCUUUAAAAAAAAAAAAUUCUCAAAUCUUUGGAGCUUUGCCCCUCUCAAAAUAGACAACUGUGGACCUCUAGCUCUGAAAGCACAACAAUAUGAACAAUUGCCCUCAUGAAAAUGUUUUACAUCACUGCCUCAUUGUGGUAGCUUGAGACCAAAAUGACUUAAUUUUCAUGCUUAAUUAUGGGCAAAUCAUAGAAAAAGUUGCUUAGUAUCUUUGGAUAGGCCUGCUGUGACUGUCUGUCUGUAUCCCUGUGUUCACCUUUUUACAAAACUAUAAUGCAUUUUGUACAAAGUAUGCCAUGUGAGGUAUCAUUUGAAAAUUCAUAAUUUACUGAUCAUUAUUGUCCUGGUAAACUGUGUGUGGCAACAUUGUAUGUAAAGUUAUAAGACUCUACUGCAGGGAUCGGCAACCUCUGGCACACAGCUCACCAGGGUAAGCACCCUGGCGGGCCGGGCCAGUUUGUUUACCUGCUGCGUCUGCAGUUUCAGCCGAUCGCAGCUCCCACUGGCCGUGGUUUGCUGCUCCAGGCCAAUGGGGGAGGGGGGCCGGCCGAGGGAUGUGCUGGCCACCGCUUCCCGCAGCCCCCAUUGGCCUGGAGCAGUGAACCAUGGCCAGUGGGAGCUGCGAUCAGCCGAA